AUGAGGUCUCUAAUGGCCUCAGCUUCUCUCACUCUUGCAUUGGCCAUAAUCCUUUUCAGCUUCCCAUCUGAAACUUCAGCAAACUACGCUUAUUCCUCUCCUCCACCUCCCAAGGAGUCAUACCACUACCCAUCUCCAUCACCACCGGUUCACUCACCACCUCCCCCAAAGGCUCCUUAUCAUUACUCAUCACCACCACCACCACCUUAUAAGAAGCCAUAUCAUUACUCGUCUCCACCACCACCAGUCCACUCACCACCUCCUCCAUACCAUUACUCAUCACCACCACCACCACCUUACAAGAAGCCAUACAAGUACUCAUCUCCACCACCACCAGUCCACUCACCACCUCCUCCAUACCAUUACUCAUCACCACCACCCCCACCUUACAAGAAGCCAUACAAGUACUCAUCUCCACCACCACCAGAGCACAAGCAUCGUCACCCUCACCCCCCAGUGCACCACGUACCAACAAAGAAGCCAUACAAGUACUCAUCUCCACCACCUCCAGUCCACAAGUACCCUUCCCCUCACCCAAUCUACCACUCUCCACCACCACCAACAAAAAAGCCAUACAAGUAUUCAUCUCCACCACCUCCAGUGCACAAGUACCCUUCCCCUCACCCAAUCUAUCACUCUCCACCACCACCAACUAAGAAGUCAUACAAGUACUCAUCUCCACCACCUCCGGUUCACAAGUACCCUUCCCCUCACCCAAUCUACCACUCUCCACCACCACCAACAAAGAAGCCAUACAAGUACUCAUCUCCACCACCUCCGGUUCACAAAUACCCUUCCCCUCACCCAAUCUACCACUCUCCACCACCACCAACUAAGAAGCCAUACAAGUACUCUUCUCCACCACCACCAGUUCACACUUAUCCUGUUUCCCACUCUCCACCACCACCAUCACCACAUAAGAAGCCUUAUGAGUAUAAGUCUCCUCCUCCUCCAGUCCAUUCCCCACCUCCACCACACUACCUCUAUAAAUCACCUCCUCCACCUUACCAUCACUAGAUA